CGCCCUGCCCUGCCUGAGUUUGCAGUUGAGUGCGCCACGGCUGUAUUAUAUAACUUUAAUGUACUCACGGGUUUAAUGGCGCAAGAGCAGAAUAUCGCCUCGCAGAUCUGUGGAUUAAUUACGGAAUUGUCCUGAAUUUGCGAACGAGCGACCUAUCGAUUACUUUUUUUCCACCCCAGCUACCGGCGACGUGCGUUAAAAGUUACCGACAGAUCGGCGAAACGGCGCACACGGUGGAUCUCGCCAGCUCCUGCUAGGUCAACGGCGUUGUUGACUUUACUUAUAAAAUAGUUGCUACUGCGGACGAUGUUUUUCUGCCGUGUGGGCAGAGAGGCGGCAACAGAUCCAGCUGACAUUUCACCACGCAACGUUACGGCAAAGAAGGGGCUCUAUUGACUGUGUGGACAUUGCGUUAUUUCACACAUUUUUUUUCCUCCAACUUGGACAAACGGGAGAUGACCUAACCUGGUGUAGCGCAUCCUUCUUUCACCACAGGAUAAAGAAAUGGAUCAGGGUGGACUGAAGCGUAACGGUAAUCGAGACGACAGCCUGACAUUUGGGGAGACGGGACCUGGACUAGGCAGAGAUAUGGGUGACACGGCUGGUUCACUGCUCCAGACUGCAACGCACCUGAGACCUGGUUCUCUUCCCCUGCCCACAGUGGCCCCAAGUGGACCGGGUGGAACCAAAGACCAGGGGGACCUUGGAGGCCUCUUUGAGUCCCCUCAACAUCAUGUCCUGUGCAAGGGCUCGGACAUUGAGGAGGGUAAAAUAAUUAGAAUGCAGAAACAACACCAGGAUAUUGGUGCAUUCACCAUGGAAGACAACUUGCCGUUGUUGAAACAGAGUAUGUCCGAUGUCGAGCGGACGUCCCCCUCCGUCAUUAGCACCUCCGUCUCCUCAAUCCUGGUAAACCUCCCUCUGCCUGACCUUUUUCCCCAGCCCAUCAAGCAGGAGGGGAAUUUUUCUCUGGAUAAAGACCUGGUAUCUUACAGCGGACACACAGUUGCUGGCCAGUGUGAUUUGGAUGGCAACAGCGGUCGCUUAAUCGAGGAUACCGAGAUUUGGCAAGACCUGGACCUUCCGAAUUCUCUGCCAGAAAUCAGCGUUUUUGAGUUGGAUUCAGAAGUGGCACACUUGGAUAACAUCCUACACAACAGCAGUGGUGGUGUUGGUGGUCCUGUCGGCGGCAUGCUAAAGGAAACAAAGCCUCCUGUGGGUAACGGAGUAAACUGUACCAAUGUGAACGGCACGGACCAGCAGCAACACCCUAUGCAGCAUCAGCACCAGCAGCACCAUCUUCUACAGCACCAGCAACAUCAGCUUCACCAUCAACAGCAGCCUACAUCACUGCUCUCCAGUGUUAUGAUCAAGGAGGAGAAGGAUCCCGACGACUCCUUCAUCCACAUCCGUACUCCUGGUGUGGUCAAGCAGGAGAAACAAGACGGCGAUGGAUUCUGCCAGUCGCAGUGUCUCCAGAGCAGCAUGAGCUCUCUCCAUGGAGGAGGCACCAUGUCCUCACCUAUGGGCGUUGGUGCAGGACCUAGCUACCACUACAGAGCCAACCCGUCCUCCACAAUGGGCCUACAAGAGCAGAAGCCUUUUGGCAUGUAUUCAAACAUGCCUCUCGCUGGGGAGAGCUGGACCAGGGGGAAUAGAUUUGGAGAGUCGUCCGGGUUACAGAGGGCAGACGAUGGACUUCCCUCAGCCUUGGCUGCUUUUUCUGUCAGCUUCUCCAGCUCGUCACCCAGAACAGGAGAGACCAGCAGUUCUGCAGUGCCGGGCCAGUCCAAGCCCAGUGGGCAGACACAUAAGAUCUGUUUGGUGUGUUCAGACGAGGCCUCAGGAUGCCACUAUGGGGUUGUAACCUGUGGCAGCUGCAAGGUGUUCUUCAAGAGGGCCGUCGAAGGAUGGAGAGCACGACAAAACACAGAUGGCCAGCACAACUACCUGUGUGCAGGGAGAAAUGACUGCAUCAUUGAUAAGAUCCGCAGGAAGAACUGUCCAGCAUGCCGCUUCAGGAAAUGUCUUCAAGCCGGGAUGAACUUGGAAGCGAGGAAAAACAAGAAGCUGAUCAAGAUGAAAGUGCAACGACCUUCUGCAGAGCCUGUCAGCAACAUGCCUAUUCCAGUCAUCCCCAGAUGCAUGCCCCAACUUGUCCCCACCAUGCUGUCUGUGCUCAAGGCCAUCGAACCAGAGGUCAUCUAUUCGGGCUAUGACAGCACACUGCCUGACACCUCCUCACGGCUCAUGACUACGCUCAACAGGCUGGGGGGACAGCAGGUCAUCUCGGCAGUCAAGUGGGCCAAGUCACUACCUGGCUUCCGCAACCUGCACCUGGAUGACCAGAUGACAUUGCUGCAGUGCUCCUGGCUCUUCCUCAUGUCCUUCAGUCUUGGUUGGAGGUCGUAUGAGCAGUGCAACGGUAGCAUGCUCUGCUUCGCCCCCGAUCUUGUCAUUAACAAAGAUCGCAUGAAGCUGCCCUUCAUGUCCGACCAGUGCGAGCAGAUGCUGAAGAUCUGUAAUGAGUUUGUCAGGCUGCAGGUGUCCUAUGAGGAGUACCUGUGCAUGAAGGUCCUGUUACUGCUCAGUACAGUACCAAAAGAUGGCCUGAAAAGCCAGGCGGUGUUUGAUGAGAUCAGGAUGACGUACAUCAAGGAGCUGGGAAAAGCCAUCGUCAAGAGAGAGGAGAACGCUAGUCAGAACUGGCAGCGUUUCUAUCAGCUGACUAAGCUACUGGACUCCAUGCAGGAGAUGGUCGAGGGUCUUCUCCAAAUCUGUUUCUACACCUUUGUGAAUAAAACUCUCAGUGUGGAAUUCCCAGAGAUGCUGGCAGAGAUCAUCUCCAACCAGAUACCAAAAUUCAAAGACGGGAGCGUCAAGCCUCUGCUGUUUCAUCAGAAAUGACUGCCUUAAACUGUGAAGCAAUGCCUUAAAUCCUGUCCUACCCGUGUACCUCUCCAGGGCCCCAAGCUUUCACCCAGAGCCGUAAGCCUUUGCUUGUCCUGCCUCCCCUAUCACUCGAAUUGGAUUUCUCUGUUUUCCCAGGCCCCCUCUAGGAAUUCUGCCACGCCCCUCCCAGCCUAAGCCAUUCAGACUAAUCUUGGAGCACAAUACCUGUGGCCUCAUGCGUCCCAAUCUGGUCCCAGGGGCCAAACUAGGACACCCUACCACCGAGCGGUAGCCCUUUCUGGUAAGAAGAAAUUGUCCUCCAGGCCACACGUUGGCUCUGAAUGUCUAGUGGGCAGUAUGUACUUUGGGCGUUCUAUUUUUUUAUUUUUAUUUUUCCAGCCCCCUCACUCCCCCCUCCGUCCACAGCCCUGUCCUCAGGUUUCUUAAGCUGUUUCUUUUGGUGGCCACCUGCCUCUUACUCUCUCCUGCCUAUGGUGUUUUAUUGCUGUUUUUACUGACAAGCCAACACCUAGAAACACCUUUUCAACUCUCAACACGUCACCUGAUACAAUGUCCAACUCGCCGGAUUAGCGGCCUAUAAAAGCUCCCUUCAAAUUCAAGCCUACUGUUUCUCUGCUCAUCUGCCAUGCUUGUCUCAGUUUUGCCCGUCCCUGCUCUGCUGCGCAGAGAAUGUAGUGAGUGUUCACUUGUUGCGGUUUCCAGAGGACUUUUGGCAAAGAAGAUGAUAAACAAAUACACAGAAAAAUUGCAUUCUCUGACAUGACAGAAUCUUUUCUUUCUUUUCUUUCUUUUUUUCUUUUGGACAACUAGGACAUUGAGGACAAACUGUUCUAAGCUCUGAGUCAGUUAUCAUUUCUGCAAUGUUAUGUAUCAGAUUUAUAUACCUGACCAAUGGAAGAAGAAAAAGCUUGGUGAAUAUUCAUUCAUUUUAUUCAGACACGCAUUUCUGACCACACAUGCAGAAGUCACGCUUACACAUACAAAGUAUUGGCAGACACAUUCAGUCAGCAAAAUGUUUACACAGGAUGUAUCUGAGAAGGGAAAAACAGUGCCUUUUAGCUUCUAAAGCUCUUCAUAGCCAUCCUCUCUUAAUCCUUGUUUUUUUUUUUUUUUUCAUAAGAAUUUUACUUGUACAUACGUCCACAUUUUUCUCUCCUGGUUUCAUUUUUCCACACUAGCAAUUUCUGUUUUCCUUCCAAGCUGUUGUUUUUGGUGUUUUUAAUGUGGGCAGCUCUCUCUUGUUUUAUUCACACAAGGAAGACAGCCUAUGGUACAGAUUACAAAUGAGCAGAACAGUAUGAAAUAUAAAGAUCUAAACUUUUAGGUCUUAAAAAGUUUGAGAAUCACAGAAAAAAACGACAGGCAUAGUUAAAAAGAAAUCUUGCUAUCCCCUGUAAAGCAUAUUUGAUACAAAUACUGCAUCUCCCAAUCAGUAUCACGUGUUCCAACAAAUAUAAUACUAAAUACAUAACUGAAUACUUUAACAAGCUUGUGAGUAGCUGCUGCCACAUUGGUGCUAAAUGCAGGCCACAUGAAUUUAAUAAGGCACAUAUGAUAUUUUGUCAUAUUUUGGGGCAGAUUUACUUAUUUUAAUGUAUGUUUAUGGGUAAAAGUCCUGAAAUAAUCAGUGGGCUGUUAAUUGGAAUUAGACUGGAUUUAUGUACCUUAUUCAGAUGUAGUUGCACAGGUAGGAUUUUUAGAUCUAACUUGCCUCUGAAAAAAAACUCCAAGGUGUCUGUGUAUUAGUAAAUAGCCAACAUGAUUCAAGCAAACCUUUCUUGAAGUAAAACCGUCCUUUCAUUGCAAGCUGCAUUCAUGCUGAUGUUCUAGUUUAGGUUUAGGUUCUAGAUUUUCAAAUGAGGUAUCAUAAACACUAAGUGCUUGAAAAUUCACUGACAAGUAAAUAGUUAGAAGAGCAUUAUUUGACCUGAAAUUUUCAGACAUGAGCAAACUCACCAUGUAGUUCUUCUAAUAGGUUAACAAAAAGCAUUUUAUUUGGGACAAUAGUAUUUCACUUAAAAUAUAAUUUUAGUUAAAAUAUAAUCUUUAAUCAGUUUCAUCUCAAAUUGUUUGCACAGACAGGAAGUGGGGUUAUUAUCAAGUUGUUGAGCUCAACAUGGCUGAAAGGAUGAUUAAAUAUAUAAAUAUAUAUGUUUUAUACAUGACAUAUAAAACGAGACACCCAUAAACGAUAGAACCUCUUUUCUCAGCACAAGAUUUCACCUCUAAAGUUAAAAUAUUUUUGGAAGAUACAGUUUGGUCCAAAUAAUUUGUGAAUCAAAACUCAGGCUAUGAGUGACUAUAUCACUUGGAUGUGCUCCACUAGUGCCAAAUGUAAUAUCAAGUUUUAUAUGUCUUUUCCUGGAGAUGUCAAAGUGAUUAUUCAGUUGGGAUUCAACAUGUGGUUUUUGUAAUUUGCUCAUUUAUGAGAUCUUAGUUCAGUGUCACACCUACACCAGCUUAAAAGUACUGAUUGUAGUCAUCCAAGUUAAGUGUAUGAUACUUUUUUUCAGAGAUGCACAAAAUAUUGUAUUUUUGAAGUUGCAAAGCGGUAAUAUAUACCGCUUUCAAACAGGUGGUGGUCAGCAUUUGGUACAAUUGUAAUGUGAAAAAAUGUCCGUACCAGCUUAUGUGAUGGCCAAAGCAAACAGACAUUUACAGUGCAGUUGUACAUUGGCUUCUGCUGGAAGUGCAAACACAAUGCUCCCCCUCAUAGCUCUAUUUUCCUCAGUGUUUCUUGUAACUGCCAGGCCUUUCUGCCUAAAAUGUCGACCGUACAGAUUUUCCCCUUCUCUGAAUGGCACUCAUCCCUCCGCAGCGCAUAAUUCUGAAUGGCAGUUAACAGACCAGGUAGCAGGUUGCCAUAGAGACCAGUCAAUUGUGUGUUACUUAUUGCUAACAGCACAGCAGACUCUGGACGUAUACAAGCCACUAUUCAGUAAGAGCCAUCAUGUUUUUAAUCAGCUGUUCUGCCAAAGGAUGGUCACUCACAGCAGGGUUGUUUCAUGUGCUGUUCAGGCUUUCAGCCUCGCUAACUCAGUCUCAUGGCCUUGCGCUUCAAUGAACAUAGGCUUAAUUGCGCUCACGUCAGUGUUGAUUAUUCUGGGGAAGAUAUGACUCAACUGUCUAUUUGUUUGGGUGACUUUUGCAUACAGUAGUACAGUUGUUUUCAGGUGGUGGUGCUUCAGAAAACCAGCUUUAAUGUGUAGAUGUAACAGUAUCCCUGCUCAUUUUUAAAUGGCCAUAAGUGUAUAUAACAGCGCCAACAUAUCCAGUGCAAUGUAAACAAUGUCUAUUAUUACAAAGUAUUUUUACAUGGACAUUAUCUCUAUACUCCUAUACAUUUUUCUCUUUAUCCUUUCAACUACAUGUAAAGGCCUUGCAAAAGGGAGACAGAGAGCCAUAGAAAUACGAUUUCAAAUCAGGAAAUAGAUAAACACUUAACCAGUGUCAGUGCUUUUGAAGAUUGAUCUAUUGUAAAAAAAUAAAAAUAAAAAAAGACAAUAUUUUCUGUGAUUUUGAAUACAUCAGCUUGAUCUUCUUUGAUAUGGAUAAUUUUACCCAAUCCUUUUUGUACAUUGAACGAGUCAAGAAAGUAAAUAUUUUUCUGUUUGUUGGUUUAUGUUUGAUAAAGGUAGACGUGUUGAAUACAUUAGGAAGUGUUAAACAUGUUUGUCUUGUGAAGUAAAUGUAAAUUUUACGAGUCAUUGGGAAAGUCUAUAUGAUUGCUCACUGUGUUUUAGAGUUAUAAGGAUAGGAGGGAGGAAAGGUGAGACAGACUGCAGGACGUUUUUGCAUGAUAUGAGAGUGACCAAAGCAGAGAGGAGAAAACAAAAAAAAGAUUUAACAAACAAAAAGAAGUAUUCAAGCAGUUACAUUUUAAGUAGCACUUAUUAUCCAACUUCUAGUACUUCUUAUUUUAUUUGAAAGGUAUAUUUUGUAAGGGUCCAGGCUUUGGAUCCCAUGUAUAUUGCUGUGAGGAUUUACUGGUCACUUUAAAAUAGAAAAUCAAACAAAAAAAGUUGGAUCUCCGUGUGAAAGUAAAUCUACCAGAGCUUGACGGAAUUGCACUACCCUCAUACUGGUUGAUAAAGUCUAUUUUGUAUAAAAUACAUGCAAAUAUUAUCUUUAAAGAUUAAGGGCAGAUCAUGUUUCACUGGUACAUAUGGCUAUGGCUUUCAUUGAAGUCUGUUUUGUUCGUAUUUCAGUUAUGUAAAUGUAAUCCAAUGUAAAAGCAAACAAAAAAAUAUAAAAUGUUUGUUUAAAAAAAAACAAUAGUUUGUUUUACUUCUGUAUUACACCUCUUCUGUAGUCAGUGUCGAUAUUUUCACCUAUUUGAUUAAAUGUUGAAUUAAGUUAUCCGUGUUGUUCCUUGACAUUGGGUUUGGCAUUGUUUUGGUUAGUUUUUCUCAUCAAUGGUUGAAAGUGGAGAUUCAGGAGAACUGACUUCAUUUUAGUUCAAACAUUAUACACAAUAAAAUUUCCUGUUUUUCAA